UUCAACCCUAAUUAUAAAUGCUGGACAAAUUCUUUCCACUCUCACCAACACGUGAACAAUAACCAAAAUACAGAAGAAAAUGUUUCCAGCAGUGAGGAUUUUCAUAGUGUUGUUCUUAGGUAUAAUUUUACUUGGAGGCCUAACCCCACUUCAUGCUUUAGUUCGUUGCUACAAGUUUGAAGUGAUAAAGUCUUCACACAGCAGGCUUUGCAGCAGCAAGACUAUGCUAACGAUAAACGGACAAUUCCCGGGGCCCACUAUAUAUGCUAGAAGGGGAGAUUUGGUGAUAGUUGAUGUUGCUAAUCGUGCUGAUCAAAAUAUAACCAUCCAUUGGCAUGGAGUGAAGAUGCCGAGAUAUCCAUGGUCAGAUGGCACUGAGUUUGUGACACAAUGCCCGAUUCGACCCGGCCAAAGGUUUCGACAACGGGUGAUCCUCUCCGACGAAGAAGGCACAUUGUGGUGGCACGCCCACAGCGAUUGGACUCGGGAUACCGUGCACGGAGCCAUCGUCAUUCUACCGCCGGCGAGGGAGAGUUUUCCUUUUCCGAAGCCUCAUGCUCAUUUUCCCAUCUUAUUAGGUGAGUGGUGGAAAGCUGAUGUGCAACAAGUGAUGGAGGAAUUUUUGGGCAAUGGAGGCAAUCCCCAAAUUUCAAAUGCUUUCCUCAUCAAUGGUCAACCUGGCCACUUGUAUCCAUGUUCAAUACAAGAUAUACACAAGUUUAGUGUGGAAUUUGGCAAGACUUACCAUAUUAGAUUGGUAAACGCGGUGAUGGAGAACAUCAUGUUCUUCAAAAUCGCCGGACACAACCUCACCGUCGUCGGCACCGACGGCAGCUACACGAAGCCGCUGACGACCGAUUACGUCGCCAUCUCCCCCGGCCAGACCAUGGACCUGCUGCUGGAAGCCAACCAGCGGCCCAGCCACUACUACAUGGCCGCCAGAGUGUACUACAGCGGCGGAGAAUACGUCAACACCCCCGCCACCGCAAUCAUCGAGUACGUUGGAAUCGACUAUUAUCCGCCGCCGUCGCCGCUGCUCCCAUGGUUGCCUGAAGUCAACAGCUCGGCGGCAUUGAUCAAUUUUAUGAAGAGGCUAAAAAGCCUAGCCGACGCCAAGCAUCCCAUCGACGUCCCUAAAAAGAUCUCAAAGAAGAUGUUCUACACGAUCUCGAUGAAUCAGCAGCCCUGCAGCGAGAGCUCGUGUUUGGGGCCGACGAGGCUGCUAGCGAGCGUGAACAAUGUGUCGAUGGUGAUGCCGACGACCGUCGACAUUCUCGAGGCUUACUACAGAGAAGGAAUAGUUAACGGAGUUUACACCGCUGAUUUCCCCGACUUCCCGCCUUUGGCUUUCAACUACACGGUAGAUCGAAUGUUUGAUGAGCAGUCGACGACGCGACUCGCGACGGCGGUUAGUGUUCUCGACUACAACUCGACGGUGGAGCUGGUUUUUCAAGGAACCAACUUGGGCGGAGGCGUUGAACAUCCCAUGCAUUUACAUGGAUACAGCUUCUACGUCGUCGGAUCCGGGUCAGGUAACUUCGACGGGAGGCGAGACCCGGCCGACUAUAAUCUCGUCGACCCGCCGUUGAUGGAUCAAAUCACCGUGCCGCGAAAUGGAUGGACUGCUAUCAGAUUCAAGGCUAACAAUCCAGGAGUGUGGUUCAUGCACUGUCAUUUUGAGCGUCAUAUGAGCUGGGGAAUGGAGAUGGUGUUCAUCGUCAAAGAUGGCCAAGACCGCCGUGAAAAGAUGCGGCCGCCACCACCUGAUAUGCCUCGCUGCUGAAAAAGCUCUCUUCCUACAUAUCCUCUUGCAUUUUCUGAUAUUAAUCCAGUCGGCUUAAGCGUGUAGAAUUAUAGGAUUAUUUGUAUGGUGUAAUUUUCGAAAUAGAUCAGUGUUAGCAAGAUGCUUAUUUGUACUCCUUCUGUCCACCACAUGUUGUCAUAAUUUGUCAUUUUGGUCCGUCCACAAAAAAUGUCAUAAUAUAUUUUUAAUAAUAAUUUGUGGAUCACUUUUUUCACUCGCUAA